AUGACUCUCGUGUUUAGGAAGUCUAUAGCGUCCCGGGCAGGAUGCGCAGAACAGAGUGGACUAGAUAGUGCUAAGGAGGUACUAGGACGGACCGCUCCUACUUUAGCCUUAGAAAACACACCCACACACCAUCAGCAGUCUCCACCCUCUCUGGCCCAUGUCACUGCAGUGGACUGCACAGUAGCUGCAUGGACCGCCGCCAAUCCUUUCUCCACCCGCAUUAUCCUCCAUCAGUCCAUCUAG